AUGGCGAGGGAACCCGAGAAGAGCAAGAUGAGCCCCGAACCAGCCAUACAAGUGACGCAGCCCGACUAUGACUUCGACUACGAGAAACAUGGCGCGCAGCGCGAGGCCAACCCGCUGCCAGAGCUCAAGCGGAAGUUGAAGAGCCGACAUCUGCAGAUGAUUGCCAUUGGUGGCACGAUAGGAACCGGUCUUUUCAUCGGUAGUGGAACAGCAAUUGCUCAUGGAGGGCCCGUGGGCGCCCUGAUCGCCUAUAUCUUCGUGGGAACCAUCGUCUACUCCGUCAUGACGGCCCUCGGAGAGAUCGCCACAUAUAUUCCCAUUCCGGGCGCGUUCACCUCCUACGCCGCUCGUCUCAUUGACCCCAGUUUGGGGUUCUCCAUGGGUUGGAUCUAUUGGUUUUCGUGGGCCUCGACCUUUGCAUUGGAAUUGACGGCUACCGGUUUGAUCAUUCAGUAUUGGGAUCAGGAUAUCCCGAUUGCCAUCUUCAUUGCCGUCUUUUGGGUGUGCAUCAUCGUGUUUAACAUGCUGCCCGUAGGAUUCUACGGUGAAAUGGAGUUCUGGCUCUCGACAAUCAAGGUGAUUACCGUGGUCGGUUUCGGCAUUUUUGCAAUUUGUGUCAACGCCGGUGUGGGCAAAGAGGGCUAUAUCGGCUUCCGCUAUUGGGUGCACCCAGGUCCCUUUGUGCCCUAUUUGAUUGAGGGCAAUGACUCCCUGGCCAAGUUUGUGGGCUUUUGGUCGACGCUGAUCCAGGCGGGAUUCUCCUACCAGGGCACUGAGUUGGUUGGUAUCGCUGCUGGCGAGACCGAAAACCCCCGCAAGACUGUCCCCUCCGCGAUUCGGAAGACCUUCAUUCGUAUCGUCCUCUUCUUCAUCCUGACUAUCUUCUUUAUCGGCAUUGUGGUGCCCUCCGAUGAUAGCAACCUACUGAACAGCGAGGGUGGCGGUGCUAGCGCCAACAACGCCAAUGCCUCUCCUUUCGUGAUUGCCGCCAACCUGGCCGGAGUGCAGGUUCUCCCUGGUAUCAUCAAUGCGGUCCUGCUGACCGUGGUGCUCUCUGCGGCGAACUCGAACGUCUACAGUGGUAGCCGUAUCCUCGUCGGUCUCGCCCAGGAAGGAUUUGCCCCUCGCUGGUUCAAGCAGACCUCGAAGCACGGUGUCCCCUACUGGAGUGUCCUCUUUACUGCCGCCUUCGGUCUCCUCGGGUUCCUGAAUGUCUCGGACGCCGGUAGCACCGUCUUCAACUGGCUGCUUCAGAUCGCCGGUGUGGCUGGCUUCAUCACCUGGUGCUCUCUGAAUGCGUGCCACAUCGCCUUCCAGCGUGCGCUCAAGGCUCGUAACAUCUCCCGUGAUAUCUUGCCCUACAAGGCUAUCUGGCAGCCUUGGUUCUCGUGGUACGGGCUGUUCUUCAACUGCCUAAUCAUCCUGACUCAAGGAUUCACGGCCUUCAUCCCCCACUUCCAGGUCCAGGAGUUCUUCAUCAACUACCUGAGUUUGAUUCUGUUUGUGGUGCUCUACGUGGGCCACAAGCUCGUCUACCGUCCUGCCUUUGUCAAGCCGAUUGAUGCCGACUUGGACACCGGCCGGACGACGGCGGACAAUGAAACCUGGGAGACAGCCGAGCCAACCACAUGGUAUGGCAAGGCGUGGAGCUGGUUCUGUGAUUAG